AUGGCGAAGCUGGCAACACUUCUCUUGGCUUCCGCCCCUCUCUUAGUCUCCGUUCGUGGUCUCCCUGCCGGUGGUGCGAAUGCGGUUGCGGCUCGUGCGAUAACUUUGUCUUCGCUCCCGGUUACCACAAGCUACAGCACUGCGAUUGAAUCGCUGCAAACCGCCACUGUUACUGAUGAACCGUCUGUUACUGGGAGCUUCUUGACAGGUCUUCCCUCGGGUGGCUUCACAAAAAACCCAGUCAGUGGCCCAGGUACCACAACUGCCACAGUACCACUGGCCCCGAAUGAGACACCUCUCGACCCAGGCCCUACAGCGCCACUCGUGGAUGCGGCUUCGCCGAACAUCUUCCAGGCAAUCGCCGCAGGCGCGCCUCCACCAUCCAUUCCUUCCCGGAAUGACCACCCCGUCCAGAAACAACACAUCGCCGACGGCAAUGUGCCAAUUGAGACGAACAAGUUUUACGCUAACUGGUUCCUCGGUACACAAGGAUGCCCAGUAUGGACAAACCCUUACUCAUUGACUUGGGCUAAGGGCACUGGUGGCUCUUAUGGUAUGGCAAUUACGCACACAGAGCGAAACCAGUUCUCUUACUGGCCUGAUGCAACCAACACGAAAUACUUCAUUUCGCCCCUUGGUAUUCACCACAUUGUGCUUUCCGCUGCGGAGCUUCAGCAAGACACAACCCUUACGCUUGAGCGCUUGACAGGCUUCUCUACCUACGCGAACCUUCGACCAAAUAGCAAUGCUGACACCCGUAUCCUGGUGUCUUUCCCCGUCGUUCAAGGCAUGGGUAUGACCACCGCUCUCUACGACAAGGCCAAGCCAGUCAUCACAAGCACUGUCUUUUUCCGCUCCCUCGACUAUGCUGGAAUGGUCAACCAAGUCACGCACAAGUAUCAAAUUGUUCUUAACGACAACAGUAACUGGCUUCUCUACGCCACGGCUAUUGGCUCUGUGGGUACACCUCCAUUCACACUGGUCAACAGCAACAUCAUCACUGGCCCCGCAGACUUUGUGGGUAGAAUCCAAGUCAGCAAGAACCCAGUGGGUGCCUCGGCAGAAGCGGCAUUUGAUUCCAGCGCCGGCGCCUACGCAAUCAGUGCGACCAUCUCUGGAUCUGCCAGUGGGUCAAUUGGAAGUUACACUCUCAGCUGGACCAAGGGUGGCGUCACAGACCGACCCCUGCUCAUGUACGCGCUACCGCAUCACGUGGAAUCGUUCGAUUCCCAGACAAAAGCAGCCUUGACUGAGAUCUCGCUUGUCACUACGACAAAGGGUGUUGCACGAGCUAUCGUCGCCGACCACAUGACCAUGGUUGAGUCCGACCUCCCUGACACGAUUGGAUUUGGGCCUUGGAUCAAGAACCCCAACAACGCCCCUGGUGGCUACGAGAACAUCAACCUGAACGCCAAUGCUAUGAACCUGAUCAACCAAGUCGGUAUCUCUGAACUCAGCCAGAACAUGAUCCCCCAGACUUCGCUCAACAGCAUGUACUACUCUGGUAAGGGGUUGGCAAAGUUUGCUACCAUCAUCUACACGUUGAACACCAUCACGAAGAACAGCCAGUACGCGGCGGCCGGACUUGAUAGACUCAAGGACGCCUUCAACGUCUUCGUCAACAACACUCAGCCCGAGCCUUUGGUCUACGAUCAAGUGUGGAAGGGUAUCGUGUCAGGCGCCAGUUACAAGACGCCCAUUGAUACCGGCCUCGACUUUGGUAACACGCUAUACAACGACCAUCACUUCCAUUACGGAUACUUUGUGUAUGCUGCCGCCAUCAUUGGACACCUCGAUCCUACCUGGCUCAACCAAGGUAUCAACAAGGCGUGGGUCAACGCUCUGGUACGCGACUUUGCGAACCCCGUAACCGACGACUACUUCCCCUUCCAACGAUCGUUUGACUGGUACCACGGCCACUCAUGGGCUAAGGGCCUAUUCGAGUCUGGCGAUGGCAAGGACCAGGAAUCGACGUCUGAAGACACCUUUGCAACCUUUGGUAUGAAGAUGUGGGGCCGCACCAUCGGGGACGCCAACAUGGAGGCUCGCGGUAACAUUCAGCUAGCCGUGCAAGCGCGCAGUAUCCACAACUACUUCCUUAUGGAGAGCGACAACAAGAACCAGCCGGCAGGCUUCAUCCACAACAAGGCUACUGGUAUCCUGUUUGAGAAUAAGAUUGACCACACAACCUACUUUGGUAGCAACCCCGAGUACAUCGAGGGCAUCCACAUGAUCCCGCUCAACCCCUCGUCUGCAUACACGCGCCGCAAGCAGUUCGUCCAGGAAGAGUGGGACGUCUACUUUAGUAACGGGCGGGCCGAGCAGGUGACAGGAGGCUGGAGGGGCAUCCUCAAGGCGAACCAAGCCCUCAUUGACGCGCAAUCAGCCUACAACUUCUUCGCUAACCCAGGCUUCAAUGAGGUGCUUGAUGGUGGGGCCAGUCGCACGUGGUAUCUUGCUUACACGGCGGCGCAGCUGGGUGUCGGCUCGCCUGGUGCGCUUACAGACUUUGAUUCAAACUCGUCGAGCACGCAUACCGUUCAGUCGGCCACUCCCGUGUCUUCUGGCAUGCUCACCAUGACUUCGACGUCAGCGGCACCCGAGCAGACUAGCGUAGCGGCUCUGGACAUGAGCUGGGCGCUGCAAGAUAAGAACGUUGAGGAGAGGAGCUCGGGUAGCGAGUAG